AUGGAAACUCCGACACAACCGACUUACGUUGCACUACAAAAUGCCACGCAGCCACACUCGCUGUGGCACUCUCCAGUGCCAUAUUUGUUCGGCUGCUUGGCAACCAUGCUGGCUUUGAUUGCUUUUGCUCUCUGGGUUCUCGCGUGCUCCUACUGGAAGCUCUCGGGGUAUUUAGAGAGCGGAGCGCGUGAUUUGGAGGCCGGAGAGGGGAAAAAUGAUGGUGAAAUGAACAAGCCACCACAGGCGGUUGAAGAGAAGAUAUUGGUGAUUAUGGCUGGAGAACUGAGACCAACGUUCUUGGCCAUGCCAAAGCCCAGUCUAUCGUCUUCUUUCAGUGAUGAAAGUGACAAAACAUAUUCUUGCAAUAGUGAAAAGAAUGAAAAAAGGGAGGAGGAAGAAGUGAACCUGGAGGGUUGUAGUGAUGGUGAUCAGGCUUUGUUUUGGAGGCUUGUGGGGUUGUUCUGUGGAUGCUGA